ACAUGCCACGACGACACAUUGUUACAAUGCUGAAUUAUCAUCGCCCUGCGAGGACCCUGUAGGCUUCCUGGAGAGCUGCCUGCAGAAGGAGGACCAGGAAGUGGGAAGGGCACCCAAACUGCCAAAAUUGCAAAAAGUGUCUGUAGGUGAGAUUCUGCGGGCCCAGCUCUUACCUGAUGCCUGUAGGGAAGUGGGAACUCCUUGCUAAGAUCAUUGCCAACAGGGAGUUGGCAAUCCAGGAGACAACGAUUGAGGAAUUGAAGCAACAGUUCAUCAAGCAUCAAGGUGCCAGCAGGUUCAUUGUGGAUGGGUUCCCACAUGAAACUGCAGAAGCAUUUACCUUUGAGGAGCAGAACAUUAUCCAAGCUGAUGAUUUAGAGGAGAACGCUCCUUGGAGUAUCAACCACAAUGAGCUGGCAGUCACCCAACCUGCCACAAGUUGAGUUGUAGAACAUGAUGAGACAAGGAAACCCCUGCCGAUUAUCCCCCCCCAAACUGUACAGUGCUGGGCACUCCUGGAUUUGGCCAGCUGUGGAAUGGAUUAUUUUAAAAAUGUACUUUUGUAAAUAAAGUUAUGCAUCAGGCAUGGCUGUACUAAUGUUCUGUUCUUAUUGUGUUGUUUUAAUAUUUGAGUAUGUGAAAGAAAAUAUAAAUGUAUUGCAAAUACUGUAUACUAGAGAAAGUAAGGUCUAAUGACAGUUUUGCAUGGAUAAAAAUAAAAGG